AAGCGGCAAUACUUCUCUCACUUCACUCCACCAGUCACCAGACCUCCGGCUCCAGGCCUUCUUUAUUCCCUCUCCUCCUUUUUUCCCCAAAAAAAAAAAAAAAAAAAAAUCUUCACGCUCACAGAGGAAGGAGAGAGAGAGAGGAGAGAGAGAUGGUGGGGAUAAUUCCCAUGGCGUCUUCAAUCAGACCUUCGCUCUCGACGUUGAGGUUCGCCGGAGCUUCUCGUCUGGGACUUUCCCUCGCUUCCUUCACUCCUUCACGGCGACUCGCUUGCUUCCAACUCGCUAGUGCAGCUGUGCCUCAGUCGCCGUCUGUCGGUCUGAAAGCUUCUAAGCUGUUGAGAGGAGAUGGUAAAACCACGGGGGUGGCUGCUGCUGGAAAUGCUGCACAAGCUAGCACGACAGCUUCCCCCGAAAAUGUCCUUGAGUGGGUCAAACAGGACAAGCGGAGGAUGCUCCAUGUUGUUUACCGCGUUGGAGAUUUGGACAGGACCAUAAAGUUCUACACAGAAUGCUUGGGAAUGAAAUUGUUGCGAAAACGUGACAUACCCGAGGAAAGAUACACCAAUGCUUUUCUUGGAUACGGGCCAGAGGAUUCCCACUUUGUUAUUGAACUCACUUACAAUUAUGGAGUUGACAAGUAUGAUAUCGGAACUGCAUUUGGUCAUUUUGGUAUUGCUGUUGAGGAUGUUGCCAAGACUGUGGAGCUUAUAAAAGCUAAGGGUGGUAAGGUUACUCGCGAACCUGGUCCGGUCAAAGGGGGCAAUACGGUAAUCGCAUUUGUUGAAGAUCCUGAUGGUUAUAAGUUUGAACUUUUGGAAAGGGGGCCUACCCCAGAGCCCUUGUGUCAAGUUAUGCUUCGUGUGGGUGAUCUUGAUCGAUCCAUAACUUUUUAUGAGAAGGCUUUUGGCAUGGAGCUCCUUUGCAAAAUAGAUAAUCCGGAAUACAAGUAUACUAUAGCAAUGAUGGGUUAUGGUCCCGAAGACAAAAGCGCCGUUCUGGAGUUGACAUACAAUUAUGGGGUCACCGAAUAUAACAAAGGAAAUGCUUAUGCUCAGAUAGCAAUAGGCACAGAUGAUGUCUAUAAAACUGCCGAAGCAAUUAAACUCUGUGGGGGCAAGAUUACCCGGGAACCUGGGCCAUUACCUGGUCUCAACACAAAGAUCACUGCUUGCUUGGAUCCUGACGGAUGGAAGUCGGUUUUCGUGGAUAAUGUUGAUUUCCUCAAGGAAUUGGAGUGAGUUAUAGGUGGCUUACGCGUACCCAUGCUUGUGAUACUGAAACCAAAAUCUCGGGCCAAGAUGAUUCUAUGAAGCUGGUUCUCCUGAACGUACGUAUUGAAUUCCGUUUUGUAGAUAAAAUUAUAAUUAGCUUUGAAUAACCUUUGUAACAAAUAUUGAUCUCACGAUUAGCGUUGCAGACAUUGUAAGAAAAAGGAAAACAAUGAUUAGUUUUGCAGUGGUACUGUUAGUUUGAGAUA